CAUUAGCGCAUACAGAACGCAUACGACCGGAGUUAGAAAAUUAGUAUCUAUAUAACACGCUGUAGUAAACAGGGAUCGAUUUUUGUCAAACUGCGAACGCGAAUAUGAUAGGUUAUUGUUCGAUGUCGCCUGCUAUCAAGCAAGUUGGCCAUAUAUAUAAUCCAUAACUUUCUAGAACAAAUCGUAUCUAAGAGAAUCAGAAACGGUCGAAAGAGAACAAGGAGAAUAUAUUUUUUAUGGCAGAGGUCUUUAUCAACAGCGUCCGCAGAAAUCGAAUUGAAAUCGGUGCUGAAAUAGACAUCAGUUUAUAUUAAGAGAUUGCGGUGCUGAAAUAGACACAUUUGUGUUACCACUUUGUACUAAGAGAUGGUUUGGGUUGUGAGCGAUACGUUCGUUGAGUAGUUAUUAAGAGUUACCAACCAAGAAGAUACAUCCUUACAACAGUGAAAUGUGAACGAUCGGGACACAUCGCGUGAACCGGAUGACCGAUCUUUGACAACAGGAGAGCUUGCUGUGACUAAACACCACCCCCGGUAUCUACCGCUGUAAGCACGGGUGUGGACAACAUAUCGCGGAGGCGGAGUGUAUACUACAAAUUACCGUCUCUGUUAAUGAGGACUAUAGUUUAUGAAAUAGCCACAGGUCAGUCGACAUCUCUGGAGGCGAGUUAACAGUGUUUGUGGUGAACAGAUUUACUGCUGUGGCUAGCCGCUUUAACCGUCCACUUACAACAUAUCAACAUGCAGUUUACAAACAUUCACACCAUAACGGUGAUUCUAAUUGUCAUUAUUAUGGAAAUAAUACUUGCUGAAGGUAAUUUCCAGUGUUUCCGAAAGCAACGGAAAGGCAGGCGGAAAGAGUUUUGUAAAGGACCAAUGAAAAACAAGCGGAAGUACGGGUCACCAGAAAAAUGUUGCGCAAAAAGAGGACAGGGCUUCGCCACGAGAUUAAAACGGAUAGGCAAGAAUCGAUACAAGUGUACUCCGUGCACUUUACUCCUGACCACCACCACACCAGUCACUACCCCAAUGCCAGACUGGGGUGAGUGGGGCUCUUGCAGCACCUCAUGUGGGGCCGGAUGGAGGUCGCGAUACCGGAUGUGUUCAAAUUGUGACAAGAACCACUUCGAUAAUGCACACUCGGAACCAUGCAUGAUAAAUUUCUACUGUCCAGUUGACGGUAACUGGGGACCAUGGUUCGGCUGGACCUCGUGUUCCGAGUCCUGUGGGGGAGGUGUCAGGGAGAGGGAGAAGACGUGUAAUUAUCCCCCUCCUUCCCACGGGGGCCGAGAUUGUCCCGGAGAACCUAGAGAAGAACAAGAUUGUAACGAGGAUCCGUGUCCAAUUGACGGUGGUUGGGGGGCGUGGUCCCAUUACAGCCUGUGUAGUGUGACAUGUGGGUCGGGUGCGAUGACACGGACGCGUCAGUGUGACAACCCGACUCCACAACACGGGGGAAAGAACUGCCCCGGCUCCGGCAGAGACUCCAGAAGGUGUACCAGUCGACAAUGUCCGCAGCACGGAGGCUGGUCGUUGUGGGGGUCAUGGAACAAAUGUCCGGUCACGUGUGGGGUGGGUCAGAGAACGAGGACCAGAGAAUGUAACAGUCCCCGCCCCUUGUUCGGCGGCCGCAGGUGUGACGGCCGGGCGGAGGAGGUGCUGCGCUGUGACGCUGGUCGACCGUGUCCAAGAAAUGGAGGCUGGUCGUCGUGGACAGACUUCGGUCGGUGUCGGGCAGCACGUUGUCAGGAGGGUAUACAGAUCCGGUCCCGGAGCUGUACGAGUCCCCGCCCCAAACACGGGGGGAGGCCGUGCGUGGGUCGACACAAAGAGGAGCAGAGGUGUGUUAACACCAUCAAUUGUCCCAUCCAGGGAAAUUGGUGUGACUGGCUCGAGUGGUCAUCGUGCACCGCCACGUGCACGGGGCUGAGUUCCAUGCAAGUGCGGCAGCGGAAAUGUGAAUGUCCCGUACCCAACACAGAAGGACAGGGCUGCUCUGGCGAGAGUUUUGAGGUUCGAGAAUGUGUCAACGUUCCGCCGUGUAGAGGAUUGUCGGAGUUCUUUCCAGCAGGUGAUGGCGGACUGACAGGGAACGACGGAGGCGACCUGUUCAAAGUGGCCGGCUCAGGUGACGGGAGCAAAACAAACGGUGACCAAGAAGACGAUCCAGAGAAGACUGUGAUUACCGGACUAUGACACUGCGGACGACAGGGCUGUUAAUUGGUUUUAAUGGGAUUCCGGUUAAAAGAUGUGAAAAUCAUCUGUCGGUGUCUGUAAGGUUCUCUCCAAAUACAGUUUCCGGUAGGAGGCAAUGUUCAUACGCGCAUAAAUUACAAUGAGUAUGCUGACGUAUUGCGUUCAUCCCAAGAGACGAUGACAAAUCUAAAAGUACCCAUAGGUGGACUGGGAUAAAGAACCAAACAAUGGUCUUCAUAUUCCUUGGUGUACAAACUUUCCUCCAGGGAACUACUAGUGCAUUGCUAAUUAAGCAUUCCAAGCCACACUGUUUUAAGUUGUGAAACUGCGUUGGUAGUUUGUGUAUGCCGGUUGCUUACAUUCCGAGUCUGUAAGGUAUAUACACAACUGUAAACUGUGCUGUUGGAUAGUUGUUGCGACUGACUUUAUUAUUUUAUGUUUUAUACCCCAGUAAUGGGUUAGAAACGUGAACCUCACUACAUAAAUCCGUUAAAUGUUAUAAUGUGCGAUUUUAAGUUUUAUAAAUACAUUAUUUCAUGGAGUUUUUUCAACUAUAAAAUUUCUUCCAUAUAUUUUUUAUCGUGGUUGUAUUCAUCCUCAAUACUCCAGGGGUAUUAAGCUUCAAGAGAGUUUGCUCAUUUGCUGUGAAAAUGCACAUUCCAAAAAUAUAAAACCAGCAAAUUAUUGAUCUAUGAAUUGUCACGUACAAGUAGAGUAGAUAAUACCUAUAAAAAUAUUCAAAGACAUAACUCUAACGCAAAAUCAAUGUUAAUGACACAUUUGAACUCUUCCAAUUCAAAGGUUAGAAAAGUUCAUUAUGAAAUAUCAGGGGUGAAUGAGUUAAGGUAAUGAAGUUCACUACUUUUUAUUCAUGAACAGUUUUUAUACAUGUCUUGGGAAUUAAUCACCAUAGCAACUCUCUGGGUUUAUCAUUACAAGCAACAGACCAAAAUUCACUUCUUCAGUCCUGGUUUUAGACAGUUUGAUUUUACUUUUACACUUGUAUAUAUAUUGCUUUACAACUUUUAGCCAGUUUUAUUCUAAUUUGGCCUGUUAGGAUACAAUUAUAUAAAUAAAAUGUUCGAUUGCAGUGGAGACAUUACAAAAUAAAUGAAUUUCAAGAUUUUAUUUAUAUAUAUCACACCCAAAUGAAGCUGCUACAAUUGGGCUUGUAUCUGUAAUUUACUGAUUGUUAUUUUAUCAAGGUCCUUGGACAUUGUCAAUAUACUUUGAAUUUUUUUUUUAAUAAAAUGUGCAAUAAAAAUA